CCUCCCAGCAUUCCCCGCGGCCGGAAAGCGCCGUGCGGGCUUCAGGCUGAUAGGAGCGUCUUUCCUCGUCGCUGUUUGCGGCUUCUCUGGUCGAGUUGUGCGGAGCUUCUCGGCCGUCCCCACUGGCCACCAUGUCCGCCCAGGCGCAGAUGCGGGCCCUGUUGGACCAGCUCAUGGGCACGGCUCGGGACGGUUCAGUGUAUCUUUGCCUGCCUACAUCAAUCUGCAAGGGAGUUGCAGAAAAGCCUCAUGUUCAUCGAGCCGAGAUGAAACCAGACAGAGGGUCAAGUUUACAGAUGACCGUGUCUGCAAGAGUCACCUUCUGGACUGCUGCCCCCAUGACAUCCUUGCUGGGACGCGCAUGGAUUUAGGAGAAUGUACCAAAAUCCACGACUUGGCUCUUCGAGCAGAUUAUGAAAUUGCAAGUAAAGAAAGAGACCUGUUUUUUGAAUUAGAUGCUAUGGAUCACUUAGAGUCCUUCAUUGCAGAGUGUGAUCGGAGAACCGAACUUGCCAAAAAGCGGCUGGCUGAAACACAGGAGGAAAUCAGUGCAGAAGUUUCGGCUAAGGCAGAAAAGGUACAUGAAUUAAAUGAAGAAAUAGGAAAACUUCUUGCUAAAGCUGAGCAGCUAGGAGCUGAAGGAAAUGUGGACGAAUCCCAGAAGAUUCUUAUGGAAGUGGAGAAAGUUCGUGCAAAGAAAAAAGAAGCAGAGGAAGAAUAUAGAAAUUCCAUGCCUGCAUCCAGUUUUCAACAGCAAAAACUCCGUGUUUGCGAGGUUUGUUCAGCUUACCUUGGUCUCCAUGACAAUGACCGUCGGCUUGCAGACCACUUCGGGGGCAAGUUACACCUGGGGUUCAUUCAGAUCCGGGAGAAGCUUGAUCAGUUGAGGAAAACUGUGGCUGAAAAACAGGAAAAAAGAAAUCAGGAUCGAUUGAGGAGAAGAGAGGAGAGAGAGCGAGAAGAGCGCCUGGGCAGGAGGUCUGGAUCAAGAACCCGAGAUCGCAGAAGGUCACGCUCCCGGGAUCGUCGACGGAGGCGGUCUAGGUCUACCUCCAGAGAGCGGCGGAAGUUUUCCCGUUCCAGAUCCCGAGAUAGAUACAGGCGCCAUCGCAGCCGUUCCCGGAGCCACAGCCGGGGUCACCGCCGGGCUUCCAGGGACCGGAGUACAAAAUACAAGUUCUCCAGGGAGCGCUCAUUGAGAGAGGAAUCCUGGGAGUACGGGCGGAAUGAACGAGGGCCCACUGACUGGAGGCUGGAGAAUUCCAAUGGCAAGACUGCAUCGCGGAGGUCGGAGGAGAAGGAGGCUGGCGAGAUCUGAAUCUGGCUCAGGCGCUGUAAAUAGUCUGACAAAUGUUCGGCACCGCCUAAAUUACCCUUUAUAUUUGCUGAUACAACUCAUCUUUUGUAGUUAAAAUUUCUAUUGUUUGGUCCUAGCUGUGAGUUUCUAGAGUUGUUCAGAGCUGCUUCUGUGUUUGGGGUUACAUUGUAUAGGAACAAAUAAAUCUGGCGGCUGCCUCCUGACAGCUGUGUUGGGGUAUCUGCUGUCCUCUAGAGUAGAGGCACUUCACUAGGACCCUGCACCUGUGGAGAAAAGGCUGGUGCUGCCAUUACCUUAGGAAACUGACCAAAUGUCUGACCAAUUUGAUUUUUGGCACUCCCAACACACUUAACUGAGCCAGAUGUAUGUGGCUUCGUUUCCUGGUUCACGCUGCAUCUUAGCUGCUCAUGUACUCGCUCAGUGCAGACCAUAGAGCAGGUUCUGUGGAUGGGAGAAGGUGGCCAUAUGACACAGUUAUUUUCCUAGGAAGAGCUGUAUCUGUUGAAACCUUAGCUCAGGUCAGCUACACUGCAGUUCCAUCUUGUUACUUAAGUGGAAUAAAGACAUAGAUGACCUGCUAAUCAAGAAGUCCUUGAGGGAGAGUUACAGCUUAGGUCAGGUAUUCUGGGAGGUUUAUACUCAAGACAGGCUAACUGUUACCCCCUGAGCAUUUGUUGUUGCUCACAAGGACCAAUGCCUUAAGACCAAAGUGAAGCCCAAAUAGAAAGGAUCACUGAAUAGGAGUUGCUUCCCUUCACUUGUCUUGGGGAGGGAGGCAUUACAGUUUGUUUUUGGAGGGAACCUUAGUUGGUUGUGUUAAAUGAAAAAGCCUCCCCUUCUCCAUGCUGUGCUUGUAAAAACUUAGAUGCUGUUCUUGAGCUGUUGAUUUGAUGGUUACACAUAGGAUCUUGUGAUUUUGUAAUGUGGCUCCUGGUGAUGCUGUGAACUCCCGUCUGCAGGAGGAUGUAUGUGGGUACCUGCUCUGCUGGUAUUGUGAAAACAGGCUUUUCUUGAUCAGCUGUCUCCAUAUGCAAGAAAGUAGGGUGGACUAUCUCUGGAGGCACUGGGGCUCCGUACCAUAUACAGGUGCCGUGUGUAGAUUUCAUUCACCUCUAGUCCCUUGGCCUCCAGGUGGGGCUCAGUUUAGCUCUGCUGACUUCCUGGAAUAAGGUUUGUACCUGGGCUUCUUGGUCCCAGGUAGACAUUUUGACUAGCUGUGACCACUUAUGCUGGGCACAUUUUGUUUCUUGGACUCUUUUGGGCCUUAACUGGACAGUCCUAACCUUAGAUCCAACAUCAGCAUGUCUGGUUUGGAUCCCUCUCUAAAUAUAAAUGUGUGUAUGGAGAAACAGCUGUUUUGCUUUAUUUUAUCACAGAGUAAAGAUUCUGGAAACAUUUCUGUGCCAUGGCCUGUAGUACCCACAGGAUGAUCCCUGGGGUCACGUGGUAUACAACUACAACUACUGGGUACAGUAGGCAGACCCCCUGCUUACAUGGCAUCUUUUUGAGUGGUCGGCUUUCCCAGUCUCUUGUGGAGGGUGAGUUUUACAAGGAUGUUGUGGCAAAAGUUUUUUGUCGGUUUUUGAACCUUUUCUGGAAAGACAGUCUUGUCUGGGCAGACUUGGAUUUCAGGACUCAAGGCACACUUGUUUCUGUCCCAAGUAGCUGUUACUAACAAGUGUCCCAACAUGCCUAGAUGCUUUUUUUUUGUUUGUUUUUUGUCUUGUUUUUGUUUGUUUGUUUUUUGUUUUGUUUGAGACAGGGUUUUCUGAAUAGAACCAGCUGGCCUCAAACUCAGAGAUCUACCUUACUCUGCCUCCUGAUGUUUUGUUAACUUUUCUUAAGUGGAGUUUCCUGUAAUUUAGGUGGACAUAGAUGAUAACCAGAGAUCUGUUUGUGGUGUUGUUGGUAGCUCUGGACAUUAUGCAAGAAAUCAUAGGGUCCCUGGGCAGUGGUGGCGCAUGUCUUUAAUCCCAGCGCUUGGGGGGCAGAGGCAGGCAGAUUUUUGAGUUCCAGGCCAACCUGGUCUACAGAGAGAGACCCAGGAUAGCCAAGGCUACACAGAGAAACCCUGUCUCGAAAAAACCAAAAAGGAAAAAAAAUCAUAGGGUCUUCCAUCUGUAACCCGAGGUCUGACACAGGUACUGAUUACGAAGAGCAAGCCUCCAAGGAAGAAUUGGGAGAGCCAGUAGUUUUCAAAAACCCAGUAACCAGUCACCCAUGGGCCCAGAGCACAGGAGGUGGGUAUCCAGCUCAGAGAGAGUAGAUACACCCUUCCUGGGCCCUCUUGUUCUUUCUAGGCUUUUGGUGUUGCCCAGUGCACUGAGUGAAGAGGUUGGAGUGCACUGAGUGUUGGAGGCCUCUUGAAUUUCCCAAUGUCCCAUGGUCAUUGUAACAGGUAAAAGGCUGGGUCUUCCCUUGGAUCUGUGACUCUUGGAACUUGGCCCAUUGUAUUGAAAGAAUAGCCACUUAAUAUCCAGAUAAUGAGGGCAGAUGCAGGUUGCGCCUCUUGGAGGACCCAUCCCCAGUUCAGCAGUACUUGGAAGUCAGUACCUGAGUCGUGUGGCUUAGGAAUGUCACUGUCUGUCAAGGCCUGUAUGGUGAGCCAGAAGUAUCCAGAGUGGGCCAGGUGAAGGUUAACAAGCUGACAAUUGCUUCAGGAAGCUCUGGGAAAACUUGGUUAUCCUGAUGGGGGUCCCAACAGCAGGAUCAGUUGUCUGCGUUUGACUUUACUCUGCAGUCUGGUCCUAGAAUGUGUGAGCUCUGUUUGUUUCCAAAGGUAGCUGUGGCCUGGCAGCUUUAAGCUUACCUGGACUCUAAAGCCUCACAUUUUAUACCUGGCAUGCACUAUUAGAAUACACUGAAUUUUAGUGUGUACUUUGUCAGUGUCUUCUGCCUACUCAGUUCUUAACACACUUCCUUGGGUCUAAAUUUAAAUUUACUGCUAAAAUGAAAGUAAUUCUCAAGAUACUGUUGUUAGGUGUGUGACUUCUAGCACAUGUUUUUUUCAGAACAGUGAUAUUUAUAGAAUACUGUGAUGUAUUCCAGUGAUAGCAAAAUGCAACAAAGCUUCUUAUAACAAACUCCCAUUAUAGCCACUUCUGAUGGGUAUAAGUCAGUGACAUUUAUGUGUCCAGUGUUGUGAAGUGAUCACUGAUACAAAGUUGCAGGAUGUUCGAUCCAGACAGAAACUUCAGCCCACCAGUUGAAACUGACUAGCUUCUCCUGAGCCCCCUGGCAACCAGGAACCCGUUUUCUCUCUAUAGUUUGCUCAUUUGGAUAUUUCACAAAAAUGGACUCAUGCACUGGGUGGCCUUUGGUGUGUUGGCUUCUUCCACUCAAGGUUUCUACAAAACUUGGCUGUGUGAUGUAAUCUCAUUACUUUUAUGAGUAAGAAAUACUCCAUUCUGAGUGUAAGCUACGUAUUUCUCACUGUGAUGGUUAACUUGCUAAACUCGAUGGGCUUAGAAACGCCAUGAGAACACACCCCUGCGUAUGUCAGUGCAGGUGUUUCCAGGGAAUUCAGUGAGAGACCCACCAAGGAUGUGGGCGGCACCAUCCUAUGUGCUGGUAUCCUAGAAUGAAGAAAAAAGGAGGGCAAGAGCUGAGCACCAGCCAUCUCUCAACUUCCUGACUGCAGAUGCAAUGUGACCAGCUGCCUUAAGUUCCUGCAACCAUGACUUCCCACCACAAGGACUGUACCCUUAUACUGUGAGCCAAAUAAACCUUCCCUCAGUUGCUCUU